AUGGAGCGCAGUCGGACGAUAAACAGCAUACACGACGACAAUGCACCGUUAAUCAGCCCCGUCGCAACAAGAUAUGACAGCGGGGAUGUCGCCAUGCAGCAAAUCGACCACCAGCUAUACCCACCACCCAUGGUCACGUCUCCCGAGAUGAUCGAAACCAAAGGCGGCAUAUACGCACAACUAAGCAGCUCGACACUCGACGUGGAAGACGGAAUCAAGCACGAAAAACGGCGCCAUCCUCACCACGCCAAGCACUUCAAUCACAACGAGGCUAGGAAACAGCUCAUGGUGACGGGUGCGAGGAGACUGCUCAUCACCUUCUUCUUCAGCGCAGUAAUGUGUCUGACGCUCAGGGGAUGGGAGGGCUUCAAGGAUCCCAUUGUGCUGUCCAAGACGGACGUUCGAAUCUUCAACUCGCUCACCAUUGGUCUCUCGCUGUGUCUUGGUCUCAACCUGCUCGCGUCACUCAAGCACUACGCCUCGUUCUUUCGAUGGUCGUUUCUCGCGCGGCGCUAUGUCAGCCUCGAGGUGUUUGAUCUGAUUCUUCACUUUGGCUCGCUCGCCAAGGUCACAAAGCUCAUGCUCAUCUCCAUGCCCGGCCUGCGCGGCAAGACAUGGCUUCGGCGGUUCCGCUGGUUCAAAGACGUCCGCGACGACGGCACAAAGUGGAUGUGGCUGGCGUGUCUUGUCUGGCUCAGCAUCAACAUUGGUUCGCAGAUCCUCGUCGCCCUCCUCAGCUUGUUCUGGCCCAUGAACAACUCGGACAUUCCGCUUUUCGUCCCCGGGAGCGUCAGUGUCGCCAACCUCAACACCUGGCAUGUCGACGAGCACCCGCCCGAAACCGACAUGUACACGCUGGCCAACCAGUCGUCGCUCGAGGCAGCAUGGACCUUUGGCACAGAAGCCAUGGCGUAUCCCGUUUUCAACCUCGACAACAUUCAGACCGAUCUCUCCAGCCUCCCCGGCACCCCCAUCUACAAGUCCAACGACACAUACCAAUACCGCUUCUUCAACCGCGACCCCGCCCGCCCCUACACAAAUUAUCUCAGCAGCUCCCGCCAAGUCACAGCCCAAGCAUCCUGCGAGCAGCUCGAAGUCGGCGACAACGGCACUGUCUGGAACGAGGCCGACCUCCCCCUUUACGUCAACGCCCGCCGCCCCACGGAGCAAAACUACACCCCCUACUACCUCAUGGAAGCCGCUCCAGGCUCCGUAAGCUGGAUGGUGUCUGUCGCCGACCACUGCGGCCCGCGCUGCACCAAUCUCACGGUGCUACAGUACCAGGGCGACCGCGUCACCACCACCGCCCUCUUCCUAUGCAACAGCACGCUGAGCGACGUCUCGCAGGCCACGGCCAACCACGACAUUUCUCCCCGCACAGGCGCCGACUGCGCCGCCGUCUACGGCACCGACGCCUUUGCCCGCACCGCCGCCGGCGCCAUCGGCUGGACGGGCAUCCCGUGGAACGAGUGGUACGACCGACAAGCGCGGUCCUACAGCCAGGGCUCCAAGUGGUCGCCCGCACGCAACCUCGACGCACCCGCAAUCCAAGAUCUCCUCAUGCGCUUUACAAUCGGCGCCGUUGCCGCCUUCGACGACCACGGCAUCAAGUACAGCGUACACGGCCAGUCGAGCGUGCCAUCGCAAGGCCAGCAACUCGACGUCGAGUGGCCGUACGUCUUCGGGAUCCUAGGCGGCAUCUGCCUGAUCCAGCUGCUCGCACUGAUUCUCCUCGUGCUCUUCGCCAACCGCACCAUCGUGCGCGACGACAGCUACUUCAGCAUGGCCAUGCUGCUGCGGCCUGUCGUGGCCAAGAUCGCCGAGCCCGGGCUCAACAUGAGCGGCGAGGAAAUCAAAGACUAUCGCAGUUUGCGCUGGAAACGCAUCCGCUAUGAUUACACCGAGGGCGAGAAGGGGAGUCCGAACCAAGUCACCAUUUCGUGGGAGGGCCGGGGGUCGCGUGAGAGUAGGGGGAGUUGGGCGGCGGGGAGUUAUAGUUGAUUUUGCAGUUUGUGGUGUUG